AUGCCCACUUUGAAUCUCUUCACAAAUAUUCCAGUCGACGCCGUCACAACCUCCGACAUCCUCAAGGACGCUACUAAAGCCGUCGCUAAGAUCAUCGGCAAACCUGAAUCCUAUGUGAUGAUACUACUUAAUAGUGGAGUGCCCAUUGCAUUUGCCGGGACUGAGGAACCCGCCGCGUAUGGAGAACUGAUAUCUAUUGGGGGAUUAGGAGCGGGCGUUAACGGGAAGCUUAGCCAGACUUUAUCUGAGAUUCUCCAACUUAAGCUCUCUAUUGACAGCUCCCGCUUUUAUAUCAAAUUCUACGAUUCCCCGCGACCUUUCUUCGGAUUCAAUGGAUCAACUUUCUGA